ACAUACGUCAGUUACAUGGGAGGUAACUUGAUCUAAUAUUAGAGAAAAGCAAGCUUCAGUUGCAAGCACUUCCUUCUUGAACAGAAUAUUAAGUUGAUCACUUUAAAAUAUCUUUCCUUGGCUAUAUAUCCUGAAAAGCUCACCCAUGGCAACUGUUUCUGCGGUCUCAGCUCCUAUUAGAAGGCUUGAGGGGAAAGUGGCGAUUAUCACUGGUGGUGCAAGCGGCAUAGGUGAGGCCACUGCAAGACUCUUCUCUAAGCACGGAGCACACCUUGUCAUAGCUGACAUUCAAGACGAUUUGGGCCUCUCUCUUUGCAAACACUUGGAAUCCGCUUCCUAUGUUCACUGCGACGUGACAAAGGAAGAGGACGUUGAAAACUGCGUGAACACAGCGGUUUCCAAGUAUGGAAAACUAGACAUCAUGCUUAAUAACGCAGGUAUAUGUGAUGAGAUCAAAACAAGCAUACUAGACAACAACAAGUCUGAUUUUGAGAGUGUCAUAAGCGUGAACUUGGUUGGUCCUUUUCUGGGAACAAAGCACGCUGCAAGAGUCAUGAUCGCUGCUAAAAGGGGAAGCAUAAUUAACACAGCUAGUGUUGCUGGAAUCUUAGGUGGAGUGGCUACACAUGCCUACACAAGUUCAAAGCACGCGCUAAUUGGACUGAUGAAAAGCACUGCGGUGGAGCUUGGACAGUUUGGUAUUCGGGUGAAUUGUGUGUCCCCUUAUGUGGUUCCCACACCGUUGACCAAGAAACAUGCCAAUAUUGACGAAGAAGGAGUUCGUGAGAUUUAUUCCAACCUAAAAGGUGUUCAUCUUGUGCCGAACGAUGUGGCCGAAGCUGCUCUUUACUUGGCAGGUGAUGAGUCUAAGUAUGUUAGUGGUCACAAUCUCGUGUUAGAUGGUGGGUUUACUAAUGUAAAUAUAGGAUUUUCUGUGUUUGGACAGUCGGAGUAAAAAUUGUAUGUAUGUCUUUAAAUAAUUUUUGUUGGUGCGGGUUUGAAGUGUUAAUUUGUAUUGAGGUACACAUCAAUCUUGCUUUUUAGAUUUGCUGAACUUGAAAUUAUGACCAUCAAGAACAUAAAUUAUCUCUUCAUGGACAUCCCAUCGAAAAGAUUGUAUCGUGUUAGGAUGACCAACCAAUUAAAGUAUGCUUUCGAUCU